GUCUCACUAAAGACAUGGGAGGAAGUUCUUCAGCUGCCCAGCUCUCCCCAGCGUGGAAAGGACCACAGCAAGGCCACCUGAGCUCUCCAAUAGCCAUUAACCUCCAAGGGAGUCACAGGUGGGCACACCUGUGUAAAAGUAAAGCUGUUUCUUAUUCUGGGAGCCCAAUCCAAGGCUGGGGGAGGUGGGCACGGGGCUAUUUAAGCAUCGGCAGAUGGCGGGCUGAGUCAUUGUGUGGUUGGCCUUCCGUCUCGCGUUUCUGUUGCUGGCCUGGUCCUGCCUUGGCUAUGCGGGAGAUCGUGCUCACCCAAAUCGGACAGUGUGGGAACCAGAUCGGUGCAAAGUUCUGGGAGGUGAUCUCUGAUGAACAUGGCAUCGACCCUGCUGGCACCUACCACGGGGACAGUGACCUGCAGCAGGAACGCAUCAACGUGUACUACAACGAGGCCAGCGGUGGCAGGUACGUGGCCCGCGCUGUGCUUGUGGAUCUGGAGCCGGGCACCAUGGACUCUGUGCGCUCAGGGCCCUUCGGGCAGAUCUUCAGGCCAGACAACUUCAUCUUUGGUCAGUGUGGGGCCGGGAACAACUGGGCCAAGGGCUACUACACAGAAGGCGCAGAGCUGAUGGAGUCGGUGAUGGAUGUUGUGAGAAAAGAAGCUGAGAGCUGUGAUUGCCUGCAGGGUUUCCAGCUGACCCACUCCCUGGGUGGGGGGACUGGGUCUGGGAUGGGUACCCUUCUCAUGGGCAAAAUUCGGGAGGAGUACCCAGACAGGAUCAUAAACACGUUCAGCGUCCUGCCCUCGCCCAAGGUGUCAGACACUGUGGUGGAGCCCUACAAUGCCACCCUCUCCGUCCACCAGCUCAUAGAAAAUGCAGACGAGACGUUCUGCAUUGAUAACGAAGCGCUCUAUAACAUCUGUUCCAGGACCUUAAAACUGACCACACCCACCUACGGUGACCUGAAUCACCUGGUGUCUGCUACCAUGAGUGGGGUCACCACGUGCCUGCGCUUCCCGGGCCAGCUGAAUGCUGACCUGCGGAAGCUGGCGGUGAACAUGGUUCCAUUUCCCCGGCUGCACUUCUUCAUGCCCGGCUUUGCCCCACUGACCAGCCGGGGCAGCCAGCAGUACCGGGCCCUGACCGUGGCUGAGCUCACUCAGCAGCUCUUUGAUGCUAAGAAUAUGAUGGCCGCCUGUGACCCCCGUCAUGGCCGCUACCUAACUGUGGCUGCCAUUUUUAGAGGUCGCAUGUCCAUGAGGGAGGUGGAUGAGCAAAUGUUCAACAUUCAAAAUAAGAACAGCAGCUACUUUGCUGAAUGGCUCCCUCACAAUGUGAAAACAGCCGUCUGUGACAUCCCACCCCGGGGGCUAAAAAUGUCGGCCACCUUCAUUGGUAACAACACAGCGAUCCAAGAGCUCUUCAAACGCAUCUCUGAGCAGUUUACAGCUAUGUUCAGGCGCAAGGCCUUCCUGCACUGGUACACGGGCGAGGGCAUGGAUGAGAUGGAGUUCACCGAGGCUGAGAGCAACCUGAAUGACCUGGUGUCAGAAUACCAGCAAUACCAAGAUGCCACAGCUGAGGAGGAGGAGUUUGAGGAGUGUGCGGAGGAGGAGGAGGAGGUAGCCUAG